CUUGUAACCAAAGCUCACUAAACGCGACUGUCCGACCUUAAGCUUCCAACCAAAAUCUCAAGAUCCCGAAAUACAAACCUCAAAACCCAUUAUCUCGCAAAACACGAAUAGUCAGCCAAGAUGAAGCUCGUUAGGUUCUUGAUGAAGUGCGUCAACGAGACGGUGACGAUCGAGCUGAAAAAUGGAACAAUCGUGCACGGCACAAUCACGUCGGUCUCGCCGUUGAUGAACACUGCCUUACGAACAGUCAAGAUGACCGCCCGCGGCCAAGACCCCAUCUCCUUGGAUACCAUGAACAUCCGCGGUUCCACGAUCCGCUACAUCAUCCUGCCCGACUCGCUGCCCUUAGAUACGCUCCUGAUCGACGACUCGGUGAAACCCAAGAACAAGGCGCGCAAGGAGGCUGCGGACAGAGGUGUCCGGGCAGGCGGGCGUGGUAGAGGACGAGGACGAGGCCGCGGCCGUGGACGGGGUAGACCGUGAGAGGGAGAGCCCUAGCAGCAAGCUUUAGAAGUAUCGGUGAUGCUAUAUUACAGCAUACCUGCGCCUCCGAGAGGACAGCACAGACAAAGGAGGAGGAGGAGGAGGCUACGUUACAGAUUUAGGCAAAUGUCAUGAGAGUCAAGUCAAGAGAGAGAGAGAGAGAGUAAGGAAGACAAGUUGGUGGGCAUUACUUCUACGGCGU